AUGUUGUUGGCAAUAGAACACAAUAGAUUAGCAUGGUUUUUUGCAUCAGCCGAAUUACAAGAUGAUAGGGAUCUAGUAUUGAAAUCAAUUGAAUGUGGAAUUCUUGCCAACAAACCCGAUUUCACAGACCAUAUCAAAGAGGAUUUAUUAGACAAAGCUGUUGCUUUGGAUAUGAGAAGUUUAAGUUACCCUUCUUAUUAUAAAAUGGAAGUGGAAGAAAUGGAAAGAUUUCUAAUGAACAAUUUGUUGCACAAACUGAAAGGAAACUCUAGGUGGUGCAAGUACAUUAUUUCCUAUUUGGACUUUGAAAAGGAGUGUAAAAUCAUGUACUGA